CUACACACUCUCUCGGGAUUCUUCGAUUACCAUUCUUCGUGCGAAAUCCCUUCCAUUAUUACCUUCUCUCCAACACCCUUCAUCUACCCUACCCCGCACCGUCACAAUGGGCAAGUCUACUUCCGUCAAGUCGAGCAAGAAGGGCUCCUCCGACCCUCUCACCAAGGUGAAGGCGGCCGGCGUCACCAAGCCCGCCGACAGCCCCAAGGCCAAGUCUAAGAAGGUCGCCAAGGAGGUCGCUGAGAAGGCUACCAAGAAGAAGUCGAAGAAGGUCGAGUCUGAGUCUGAGAGCUCCGACUCUUCCGACUCUGAGGCCGAGUCCUCCGACUCUUCUGACUCUGAGUCUGAGGAGGAGAAGCCCAAGAAGAAGGCCGCCAACGGCAAGAAGGCCGCUGCCAAGAAGGAGGAGUCUUCCGACUCCUCUGACUCCGAGUCCGAGGCUGACUCUUCCGACUCUUCCGACUCUGAGGAGGAGGCCAAGCCCAAGACCAAGGAGGCCAAGUCCAACGGUGUCACUAAGAAGGCUGAGUCCUCCGACUCCGACUCUGACUCUGAUUCUUCCGAGAGCGACUCGGAUGAGAAGCCCGCUGCCAAGGCCGAGGCUGCCCGCACUGAGGACAUGUCUGAGCAGAGCGCCACCCUGUUCGUCGGCUCCCUCGCUUGGGCCGUCAACGAUGACAUCCUGUACCAGGCCUUCUCUGAGUUCCCCAACCUGACUUCUGCCCGUGUCAUCACCGACAGGGAGGGUGGUCGCAGCCGUGGCUUCGGCUACGUCGACUUCUCCGACGCCGAGUCUGCCAAGGCCGCUCUCGAGGCCAAGAACGGCACUGAGCUUGAGGGCCGCAACAUGAACAUCGACUUCUCCGGUAAGCGCCCCGAGCGCAGCGACAACCCUGGCGACCGCGCCAACGACCGUGCCCAGCGCCACGGUGACAGCCUCUCCCCUGAGAGCGACACCCUCUUCGUUGGCAACAUCUCCUUCGAGAUGGACCAGGACACCGUCCACGCCUUCUUCGCCACUGUUGCUGAGCCUACCAGCGUCCGCCUGCCCACCGACCCUGAGUCUGGCAACCUGAAGGGCUUCGGCUAUGUCUCCUUCAGCUCGAUCGAUGACGCCAAGAAGGCUCUUUCCGAGCUCAAUGGCCAGUACCUCGGUGAGGGCAGCUCCGGCCGCGCCGUCCGUCUGGACUACGCCGGUCAGCGCCCCCAGCGUGACGGCGGCGGUGGCGGCCGUGGUGGAUUCGGUGGUCGUGGUGGCGGCCGUGGCGGUCGCGGUGGCUUCGGUGACCGCGGAGGUCGUGGUGGCGGUCGCGGCGGCUUCGGCGGCCGUGGUGGUGGCCGUGGCGGUGGCCGUGGUGGCUUCUCCUCAACCAACCGUGGCGGUCUCGGUGACUUCAAGGGCACCAAGGUCACCUUCUAA